GGCAAUAGGGGCAGAGCGCCCCCCUGCAGUCGCUGCAGUUCUCUACGGGCCCCGCCACCAGGCCCACCAGGCCCACCAGGCCCUCCAGGCCACUCGGCCCCACCUGUGACCCCUCACAUGGCCAGCGCCCACCCCAGGCGACGCCAUGGACGACCGCACGGUGGACCUCAUCUUCGCGGGCUCGCUGCAGAGCCUGCCACCGGUCAGCUCCAAGAUCGUGCGCAUCUUCACCAGCUCCACGUUCACAGACACGACGAUGGAGCGGAACACCCUGAUGGCGCAGUGCUACCCUAGGCUCAAGGACUACUGCAGGGAGAAACACGGCCUGGAGUUCCAGGUGGUGGACAUGCGUUGGGGCGUGAGGGACGAGGCCACCGACGAUCACAUGACCACCGAGCUGUGCAUGAGGGAGAUCGCCAACUGCCAGCGGCUGUCCAUGGGGCCCAACUUCGUGGUGUUCCUGGGCCAGAAGUACGGCUACCGGCCCAUCCCGACGUACAUCGUGUCCUCGGAGCUGCAGAUGCUGCGCGACGAGCUGGCCUCCACCGGGACGGACGUGGUGCUGCUCGACACGUGGUACCGCAAGGACAGCAACGCCGUGCCGCCCGUGUCCGUGCUGCAGCCCAUCUCCUCCAUCCUCAUCAACUUCAAUAACAAGCGCAUCCCCAAGCUGCAGCAGCACGACCAGGCCGUCUGGUGGGACACGCUGGGCAAGAUGCAGAAGCUGCUGCGCAAGGCCGCCGCCACACUGUACGCGGCCGGCAAGAUCGACAAGGACAUCAUGCACAACUACUUCAUGUCCGUGACGGAGCGCGAGGUCAUCAACGGCAUCCUCAGCGUCAAGAACACCAAGAACCACUGCCUGGCGUACGUGCGCUACAUCAACAACAUCAACCUGCAGAACCUGAAGAAGGCCUCGCUCUUCCUCGACGUGCUGAACCGCUCCCUGGACACCGAGGCCUCCAAGCUGAUGAGCAACCUGCGCGACGAGAGGCUCACGUCCAAGAUCGAGGCCAGCAACUACCAGAGGUACACAGUGGAGUGGAUCGGGCGCGAGGGCCUGGACACGGAGACGCACGAGGACUACCUGCAGCACUUCAUCACGCACUUCUACCGCAACAUCACCAAGCUGGUGGACCGCGCCAUGCGCAAGGAGGACUCGAGCGCCCAGGGCCAGAUCGUCACGGAGAUCCUGCAGCACCUGCAUGCCUGCAACAACGCAGUCAAGGUGUUCUACGGGCGCGAGCAGGAGCUGGACCGGAUCCAGCGCUACGUGCUGGGCGAGUCGGACAAGCCGCUGGUGCUGUACGGCGAGGGCGGCUGCGGCAAGACCUCCCUGCUGGCCAUGUCGGCCGGCAACACCUCGUCGGGCUGGUUCCCCGGCGCGCGCCCGCUCAGCGUCAUCCGCUUCCUCGGCACCACGCCCGACUCGAGCGCGCUCACGCCCACGCUCAUCUCCAUCUGCCAGCAGAUCUCGUACAACUUCAUGCUGCCCUACGAGGACAUCCCCGACGACCUGGUGCCGCUCACGGCCCACUUCAAGCAUCUGCUGACGUGCGCCUCCAAGGAGCAGCCCCUCAUCGUGUUCCUGGACUCGGUGGACCAGCUGACGGGCGCGCAGGACGCCAACAAGGUCUCCUGGCUGCCCACGCGCCUGCCGCCCAACUGCAAGCUGAUCGUGUCCUGCGCCGCGGAGGCCGACAACGCCGAGGUGUCGCGCGAGUACCACCUGCUGCGUCGCAUGCUGGACGUCGAGGAGCAGUUCAUCGAGGUGACGGCGCUCGGCGAGGACCUCGCCAUGCAGGUCAUCAAGAUGUGGAUGCGGACGGCGUGCCGCGACCUCACCAACUACCAGUGGCGGCUCGUCUCCAACGCCAUCAGCUCGUGCUCGCUGCCCAUCUUCGUGAAGCUCGUCUUCGCCGAGAUCUGCCGGUGGCGGUCCUACACCAAGCCGCAGGACACGCACCUCGCCGCCACCGUCAUGGACUCCAUCAUGAUGCUGUUCGAGAGGAUCGAGAAGCAGCACGGCCGCAUCCUGGUGUUCCACGCGCUGGCCUACAUCACUGCGGCCAAGAGCGGGCUGUCCGAGUCGGAGCUGGAGGACCUCAUCUCGCUGGACGACCGCGUGCUGGACGACGUGUACCAGUACCAUAUGCCGCCCGUGCGCCGCAUCCCGCCGCUGCUGUGGACGCGCAUCCGGAACGACCUGCCCAACUACCUGAGCGAACGCGAGGCCGACGGCGUCAGCGUCAUGAACUGGUACCACAGGCAGUUCCGAGACACGGCCAAGGAGCGCUACUUCAAGAACAUGAACAUGGCCAUGUACUUCCACUCAUCCAUCGCUGACUACUACCUCGGCAUCUGGGGCGGCGGCAACCCCAAGCCGUUCAAGUACACGGAGAUCCAGAGGCACAGGUUCAACCUGACGGACAAGGAGGGCUCCGCCGACCGGAAGGUGCCCGUGCAGCCGCUCGUGUUCUACACCAAGGACGGCAAAGUGUCGCGGUACAACUUGCGCAAGUUCGGCGAGAUGCCGUACCACAUGGUCCGCGCGCGCCGGUUCAAGGACCUCUACGAGCACGUCCUCUUCAACUACGAGUGGCUGCACGCCAAGCUGUCGUCGUGCCCGCUGCAGGCCGUGCUGUCCGACUUCGAGGACGCCUGCAACAACAUCGACGACCGCGACGCCACCAGGGAGCUCCACCUCGUGGCCGACGCCCUGCGCCUGGGCGGCGCCAUCCUCAGCGUCUACCCGGACAUGCUGGCGCCGCAGCUGGUGGGGCGCCUGCUGCCGGAGAUCGGCGUCAACCCCAACGUCAAGAUGCUGCUCAAGGACUGCGACGAGAAGGGGCCCGCGCACUGCGCGCUGCUGCCGCUGUACCACUGCCUGCACACGCCCGGCGGCCCGCUCAAGUACUCCCUGGAGGGACACCAGUUCGCCGUGUUCGCGUUCUGCCUGACGGCCGACCUGCGCUACAUCGUGUCCAUCUCGAACCGCUUCAUCACGUGGGACUUGUCCACCAGCGACAUGACACGCGACGUCAACCCGGGGCUGGAGGGCAUCAUGCAGCAGCUGGUGCUGAGCCCGGACAACCGGUACGCCGCCGCCUACACCAACAACAACCAGUCGGUGCUGCUCAACAUGCUGACGAGCGAGUUCUUCCUGCUGGAGAACGCGCUGCGCGACGAGGAGGCGGUUGUGGGCGUCUUCCUGCUCAACACCAACGUGCUGGUGUACGGCGCGGGGUCGUGGUGCCGCUUCGACAUGCGCGGCGGCUUCCAGGAGAAAGGCAACACCCCAGAGGACCCCAAGACGCGGCCGCUCCUGCUGCUGGACAUGACGUCCCUGGAGGACUACCGCCAGGUCUACUGGAGCGGCUCCCUGGACGACCCGGCCAUGCGGCUGCGCACCAAGCUGCCCACCGGGGAGCUGGAGCCGCUGGACUUCCACAGCGCCAUGGUGCUGACGGCCGACAAGAAGAUCCUCUACUGCUGCACGGAGGAUGGCGUGGCCGCCGUCACCAAGUACAACCUGAACGUGGAGGCGGGCAAGUGGGAGUUCGACCGCCGCCUGCCUUCGGCCCCGGCGGACGAGCGCGAGAGCCUGCUGCAGCUCAAGGUGGCCCCGGCGCACGCGGCCCUGCUGGGCACCACCAGCAACGGCUUCGUCGUGUGGGACUUGUCCAGGGACAUGGUGGCAGAGCAGGACCCCAUGGCGGACCCGCUGGCCGCCGACGAGGAGGAGGACGAGGAGGAAGAGGUGGCCGAGGCCGCGGAGGGCGACCAGGAGGGCGAGGCCCCGGAGGUCAUCCCGAAGAAGCGCUCGCGCCCCGGGCUGCCCAAGGACUCGGCCAUCAUGUUGUGGCUGCCGCACGGCACCAGGAACAUUUCCACGAGGAUGCUGACUUCCAACUCCAUCAUGAUCUCGGCGUCGAGGGACUACGCCGUGGCCGGCGUGCGCAAAAGCCUCUACGUGUGGAGCCUGCGCGACGGGCGCCUGCUCAAGAUCCUGGACGCGCACUUCGGCCGCAUCAUCCAGCUGGAGCCGCUGACGGUGGGCUCGUGGAACUCGGUCGUCACCUCCUCCAUCGACCGCACCGUCAAGGUGUGGAACAUCAACAACAUCUUCGAGCAGGUGCACGUCAUCGACCGCCACGAGCUGCAGAUCGACUCCAUCUGCGUGUGCGGCGCCGCGGGGGUGGCGGUGACGGUGACGCGGGGCUGCGUGGGCGUCUGGGACCUGCGCGUCGGCAAGCUGCUGACGAGGCUAGCCGACUCGCCGCUCGGCGCCAUCGUGACGCACGCCGUCAUCACUCAGGACGGUCGCUUCAUCGUGUCGGCCGAGUCCGGCAACAUCCUGGUGUGGAACCGGCUGACGGAGCAGGUGCUCUUCAAGGAGGAGCAGCAGGGCGUCCGCCAGCUCGACCUGCUCGAGGACGGCACCCGCUUCCUGGCGGUGUCCAGGCCCAGCCCCGCCAACGCCGCGCCCAACGCGGAGCCGUCCAAGGCCACCGCCACGGCCACGGCGCGCGCGCUGCCGAGCGGCGCCCGCGUCUUCUCGUUCGACUGGUCGGUGCGCGUGGCCCCCGGGGCGGCGUGGCGGCCCGCCGUGGUCACGUCCGACGGCCAGCACCUGUGCGUCAUCGCCUCGGACAAGGGCUCCCGCGAGGCCGUCGUCGUGUACUCCGCCAAGAACGGGCAGCUGAUCCACCGCCUGCCGCUCAAGCCCGUGGGCGUCAAGGACGUGCUGCAGCUGGUGCCCAUGCCCAACAAGGGCCACCUGCUGGCCGUCAUGGACCCCGACAAGGGCAGUGUGCUGGACAUCCGCACCAAGCGCCUGGUCCGCGCCAUCCCCAAGUGGGGCGGCUCCUGCACCCGGGACGGCCGCUUCGGCCUGUGCGCGCCGGCCAGGGGCGGCCUGGAGCUGCUGGAGCUCAAGAAGGGCGCCACCGUGAGGACCUUCAUCCCCAAGGUGGCCGAGGGCGUCUUCACCAUCAUCUGCCUGUUCAACAGGACGGACGAGUACGUGCUGUACUACCACAGCGGCAGGAAGACGCUCAGGGUUUUCAAGACGUCGGACGCCAAGAUGAUCGCCAACUACCGCGUGGCGGCCGAGCUGAGCGCCAUCGACUCGACGGACGACGGCUUCUGCAUCGUGCUGGGCACGGUGGACGGCUGCGUGUCCGUCAUGAGCAUCGCCGACCCGGAGAAGCCCGAGAUGGUCAGCUUCCUGGCGGGGAUGCCGUCGAGGGACGAGCAGUGGAAGAAGAAGAUGCGCAAGCAGCGCGCCAAGAGUCGCUUCCGAGCCGCCGCGGCCAUCGCGCGGCUCUGCACGGGCUUCCAGGGCAACGCGGCCGACGAGGAGGCCGAGGACGCGGACGCCGACGCCGAGGCCGCCGAGGACGACGCCGAGGCCAAGGAGCCCGAGGCCGGCACCCCCAUGCUGAAGCGGGAGCUCACCCGGGAGAUGACUGUGGAGGGGUAGUCAGUUCGUACUGUGCGACUGUGUGUGUGUGUGUGUGUGUGUGUGUUGUACGUGGGGAAAGCCGGGGGAGAAG